AUGCAUGAACGUUCAGAAUUGCACAAAACAAAUAUUGUUAAAAGUUCUUUUAUUAAAACAAAUGCUAAUGUAUAUGCUCAAAUUUCGGGUAGUCAUAAAAAAUCUAUGGAAGAAUCAAGAUUUGCUUUUGAUAAAAUAUUAUCUUCAAUAGUGUUUUUGGCAAAACAAGGCGUAGCAAUAAGAGGGCAUACUGAUGAAUCUGCAAAUUUCAAUCAGUUAUUAAAACUUCGAUCAGAAGAUUCGACUGAAUUAAAAAACUGGUUAGGUAGAACUACUUAUAAAUGGAUUUCCCACGAUAUAACAAAUGAAAUUCUUAGUAUACUUUCAAGAGAAGUCAUUAGAAACAGUAUUAAAAAAAUUAAAGAGAAUACAUUUUAUGCUAUUUUAUUAGACGAAACUAGUGAUAUUACAGUGAAAGAACAAAUUUCAUUUUGUUUAAGAACAGUGGACAAAGAAUCAUUUGAAAUUGAAGAAUAUUUUAUAGGAUUUUAUGAAACACCCAAAACUGAUUCUAAUACUCUUUUCAAUAUUUUAAAAGAUAUUCUGUGUAGAUUAGAAUUGAAUAUUCAUAAUAUUAGAGGACAAUGUUUUGAUGGUGCUAGCAAUGUUUCUGGAGUUCACAAAGGAUUACAAGCUAGAACUAAAGAAAUUGAACCUAGAGCAUUGUUUGUUCAUUGUCAAGCUCAUUCUUUAAAUCUUGUUACCCAAGAUAGUAUGCGAAAUGUAGAAAAAGCCAGAGAUAUACUAAAUUUUAUAAGAGAAUUAAUUACAUUUAUCAAACAAUCACCCAAGAGGCUAUCUUGGUUUAAAAUGUUACAAAUAGAAGAGAACGAGACUGCUCUAAGACCAUUUUGUCCAACCAGGUGGACGUUACGAUAUUCUUCUUUAUUAUCUGUUAUGGAUAACUAUAAUGAACUAAUGACAUUUUUGUCGGAUUUUUCAAAAACAGAAAAGAACGAUGCAGGAUCUAAAGCAAAAGGAUUUUUAAAACAAUUAAAAUCUUCAGAUACUUACAUAAUGCUUAAAAUAAUUUGUACUGCCUCUUCUGAAGUAAUAACAGAAGCACCGCCUGUGAUUUUUCGUUUUGUUUGUUUUUCAAAUGUAGCUUGUUUCAUUGAAUUAAGUAAAAGUAUUUCAAAUGAAUUAUUACUGGAAACAAUUAAAUUUUCAGCACUUAAACAUUCUGUAAUAUCAAUAUUAGUGUAG